AUGCCCAUGACUUCUCAAGAGAUCUCCUACGCGAAGCUGGAUCCACCACUUGGCUGGCUUGUGCUCUCGCUGGUUCGAGCGCUCUAUCCUUCCGACAUCCCUCCAGAAAUGCGUCAAGAAAUUCAAGACAAACUCUACGGAUACCUAUCUCACCAGAAUCACGUCGCCCCGCUUCGUAUUGCAAACAUAUUCCUUGCCGUCUAUUUCUUCAAAUGCGCUGCCGUAGGAGAUGCGUUUAAACGUGUCUUUGUGUCUUCCAGUGGCUUCAAGUCUACAAGUCAUGCCGCUCUGGCCGUGUUCAGGAUCUUUUCUGUAUUCUAUGUUCUUGCCUCAAAGUCCCAGGACGAUGAUGCAGCGAUACAUACCCGAAGAAUUGUAAGAAUGACGCCGGCCGAUGGUGGCUACGCUUAUGACGCAGAAGACGCGGCCAACCUGGAGAAAAAGGCCCUUGAUAUCUUCAACUGGAACAUCUCCGUUUCCGUCGAGAAGUAG